AUGCUCCUCCUCCGCAGCUUUGCCGAGCUAGGUGCCGGUAUAAGUUUAGGUCCUAAUUCCCUCGAGGCCCUGGAACUCCUCGGACUUGGUGACACCUUUAAGGAGAUCGCGAACAUGAGCGAGGAGAAUCCGCUCUGGUUUCGCGUUCUGGAUGGGCGGACUGGAACUCAUGUAACGGAUGUGAGCGCUGUCAGCAGGUCCUCGCGUCAGACGCGAAUUAAUCCGUAUCUCUCCAACAAGCUUCACAUCAAGGGUCGUCACGCGUUUGUUCACCGUGCACGUUUGCUUGAGCGAAUCACGGAGCAUCUGCCUCCGAACGUGCACAUCUAUUUCUCUUGCAACGUUGUCAAAGUGGAGACGAUCCAUGCUCCUGUCGGAUAUCAAAGAACGUCAUUCGUGCACGUUACCUUCCAAAGACCAUCUGCCGACGGUACUCCGAGGAGUCAAGUAUUUGAGGCCUCGGCGGCUAUUGCGUGCGAUGGUAUCAGAAGCAACGUUCGUGAGUGUCUCAAGCCGUAUUGCGGUGGGCGAGUCCGAUAUACGGGAACGUACCUUUACCGCGGACUGCUUGACAUGCACGAUGCUAUCAAAGCUAUAGGCGAGCGCGCACGGAUAUCCACUCAGAGAAUGGGCCUUGAUAGACAAAUAUCUGCUCUUCCGAUCGACGGCGGAAAGACGUUGAGCGUGUCAGCGUACGUGUCGGACAGAUCGCUGGACCCCGACCAGCGCAUUUGGGAUGCACCGCGCUGGGUAAUCCCGGGCUCCACGCAACAGAUGCUUGCUGCAUUCAAUGAUUUUGGAGAAGAUGCAAAAAGUCUUCUGAAGCUGGUGAAGAAAGCCGAUCAAUGGGCAUUGCACGAGCUUGUUCCACCAAAGAUAUGGACGGCGGAGAGAGUUACGCUGCUAGGAGAUGCGGCACAUGCUGGUCAGCCAUUCAAUGGGGCCGGUGUGGGUCAAGCGUUUGAGGACGCCUAUGUCUUAACCGAGCUUAUGGCCCACCCUGCAUGCAAUGCCUCCACAAUUCCUCGCUUUUUACAAGCGUACGAAGACGUUCGCAGGGAGCGUGCGAGACUACAGCAAGCUCACAGUCGCGUGAGCGGAGAGAUAUAUCAAUAUAGAGGACCUAUGGGAGACGAUACUGUGGCCAUCGCGGCUGAGUUCCAGGACAGAUUCGAUUGGAUCUGGCACGUUGACCUGAGAGCCGACGUCGCGGAAGCGUUACAAAAGCUGAAAUCUGCCGGUGUUGUCGCUUGA